AUGUUUGUGUCCGCUUUGUAUCUCAAGCUUAUGCUAUUAGCCAUCAUUGGAAAACAGUCUUUCGCCCAGGAACUUCAGUUAAUCGACGACACAAAUUUUACACAUUUAGGAGAAGCUUCGCCAAUCGAUUUAAGGACUGCUGUGUAUGAAAAGGAACUAAAUCGGGAGGACAAGGCUCUCAUUCGCUAUUUAAUGAAUGCAAAGUUAGUGGUCUACUAUGCUGACUUGGAGCUGGCACUUGGUGUGCUGUUGAACUAUGAGAUAAAUGAUCAUGAUAUCCUCGGAGGAGAGGAUCUGCGAGUUAUGAGGAAGUUUCUGGACUCUCUGUGUACCUUACAACCGCUAGCCACACCCCUCCAACUGCAGUUUCUCAAGGAUUUUAAGAAGUAUCUACACUGCGGUGUUCGGUUCUUUGGAUACGAGAUACACGAAUGGAUCGUUGACUACGAGCGGACCAAUGGCAAGGUCUUUGCUGCCACGGACUACGUGGGAUGCCAUGGAUCCAAGCCGCAGUUAAGGGGCUGGCCCUGCACCCUGUGGCAGCUUUUUUACUUCAUGACCGUCCAGGGAUCCGACCUUGGGGAGGGGUUCUUCCAGCCACCCUACGAAGCCGGCGAUAUGGUCAAGCUGAUUAUAGAUUUCGUCAAGAACUUCUACGUCAGAUGCCCGGAUUGCUGUGAAUACUUUGUGGACAUGGCGAAGGCAAAGAAGUACGACUGGUUCGAAUAUCAUGACGACGAGAUCAUGUGGCUGUGGGAGUUUCACAAUGCUUUCUCUAAAAAAGUAGGCGGCUUGGGUCAGGAUCCAUUCUUCAAGAAAAUAGCGUUUCCUAGCACAAAAUACUUCUUAAGGAAAAUGCUUAGGGUAUUAGGGUUAUCGCAUUGCAAGAGCCUCCUCCUAACCCUAAUAAUACAGGGAAUCCUUUUGAUUAAGAUCCAGGGAGGUGUUGAAAAGGAAACUCUGUACUCUAAAUAUGAUAAUGUUCAAAUGGUAACCGGCACCAGUUUUCAGGGAGAUCUAACCGACCCUGCCCUGGGAAAGUUGGUGCAGUUCAUGAACAUUUUCUGCGGACAUUGCCGGAGAUUCGCGCCCACCUUUAAGAAAAUGGCCAGAGGUCUGCAAAAGUGGAACCGAGUUCUCCGCAUAUAUUCCGUGGACUGUGCCGAAUCAGUGAAUGUAAAGCUUUGUCGUGAUUUUGCCAUUAAAUCGACACCCACUCUGCGCUACUAUCCUUCCAAAUUUCUAAAGUCGAAAAUGGGACUCGGCACCAAUAUUGACACCACUGAUCCCGAGCAAAUCAUUAAAAUACUAACUGGCUAUCUGGCCAAAAACGACUACAGUGGAACGAGGGAGCUGAAGCCCAUCUUUGAGCCUGUUCAGCUGACUGACAAGGUUUCCACGAUCCUCGAGCGAUUUGGCCACAAUCUGCCAUACAUUUUGCUUGUUCUCCAGCCACAGAACUCUCGGGUUGGCAUACAAACGAUUCUCGACCUGCUGCCCUAUCCAGAUGUGGGUGUAAGGAUACUAAAUGAUGCUCAACUCUUCGAAAACUUCGGACUGCAGCCUGCUGACCAAAAAAUAGCGCUCUUAGAUGGAACUGGAAAAGUGGAACCACUUACGCCUGCCAAUGAAAGUAGCGCUGCCUAUGUGGCCAGUGUUAAGGAAUUUCUGGAGGAAAAAGGGCAUACCAGUAUUCCAGAAUUGCCGACAACAAUAGCUCCCAGAGUGGUGUUGCCCAUGGGGCUCGAUGCUGUUAUACUGAAAACUGUGCUGGACUCACCGCCGACGGUCUACCAGGCGGACUUGGAGCAGGCCAUCGACCAACUCCUCCACGUCGAAAUACCCAAAACGCCAAUUAUAAAAGGCGAAAACCUAUUGGCCCUUCGACAUCUUGUGAAGGUGUUUCAGCGCUUUAAUCCCUUAAACAAAGAAGGAAGGAACCUUAUAAAUCGCCUCCUACGUCACCUGUUCUCAAUUAACGAACUCACAGGAGAGGAGUUCCUAACCGCUAUCAACAAAAUUGAAGCAAACCCGAGAAAAAUAUUCAGGGGCAGACGAUACGUCGGCUGUAUUGGCUCAAUGCCCUUUACGCGGGGUAUUACCUGCUCCUUUUGGACCCUGUUCCAUUACCUUACCGUAAUGUCAGCUGAAAACCCCAAAGUUCUUCGACCAGGCGGCGUGAUAAAAGGCCUAUAUGGUUUUGCCAAGUUCUUUUUCGGUUGUACGGACUGCUCCCAGCACUUUCAAAAGAUGGCCAAAAGGCGGAAAAUACGAAAAGUAAAGAGCCACGACGAGGAGGUCCUUUGGCUGUGGGCGGCCCACAACGAGGUGAACCAGCGAUUGUCUGGCGAUCCCACAGAGGAUCCCAUGUUCCUCAAAGUGCAGUAUCCGCUGAAGAAGCACUGCCCCGCCUGCCAUACAUCGAAUGGUUGGAACACAGCUGAGGUACUAAAGUACCUAAAACGCAUUUACAACCUCAAAAAUGUCAGCUUCUACGGACUGCCCUUCUUCAAUCGGUCUUAGUAAAGCGUUUAUAAAAAUAAAAAAACAACCAAAUAAAAGUCAAGUUAUUGCCACUCAA